AGCACAACUACAGCCAACAUGACCAACAGCGGCAUGAACAUGAGGGGAAAGAUCAUCUUCUACGAGGAGAGGAACUUCCAGGGUCGCCACUAUGAAUGCAUGAGCGACUGCUCUGACAUGACCUCCUACCUGAGCAGGUGCCACUCCUGCAGGGUGGAGAGCGGCUGCUUCAUGGUCUACGACCGCCCCAACUACAUGGGAAACCAGUACUUCAUGAGGAGGGGCGAGUACGCUGACUACAUGAGCAUGAUGGGAAUGAGAGACAGCAUCAGGUCUUGCCGUAUGAUCCCUAUGUACAGAGGUCAGUUCAGGAUGAAGAUCUAUGAGAGGGAGAACUUCGUUGGUCAGCAUUACGAGAUGAUGGACGACUGUGACAACAUCAUGGACCGUUACCGUAUGAACGACUGCCAGUCCUGCCACGUGAUGGACGGCCACUGGCUGAUGUAUGAGCAGCCCCACUACAGAGGCAGGAUGAUGUACAUGAGGCCCGGAGAGUACAGGAGCUUCAGGGACAUGGGCAUGAGUGGCAUGAGGUGGAUGAGCAUGAGACGUAUCACUGAUUCCUGCUGGGCACUCAUUCUAAACGUUUGGUUGUGUUUGGUUGUGUAUAAAAGGAAAGGGUUAAACCAGGUAGGAAGGCCGUUCAGGAGCAACAGCACAUCUACAGCCGACAUGACCAACACCAACAUGAACAUGAGGGGAAAGAUCAUCUUCUACGAGGAGAGGAACUUCCAGGGUCGCCACUAUGAGUGCAUGAGCGACUGCGCUGACAUGUCCUCCUACCUGAGCAGGUGCCACUCCUGCAGGGUGGAGAGCGGCUGCUUCAUGGUCUACGACCGCACCAACUACAUGGGAAACCAGUACUUCAUGAAGAGGGGAGAGUACGCUGACUACAUGAGCAUGAUGGGAAUGAGGGACUGCGUCAGGUCUUUCCGUAUGAUCCCCAUGCACAGAGGUCAGUACAGGAUGAGGAUCUACGAGAGGGAGAACUUUGGUGGUCAGAUGUAUGAGCUGAUGGACGACUGUGACAACAUGAUGGACCGUUACCGUAUGAACGACUGCCAGUCCUGCCACGUGAUGGACGGCCACUGGAUGAUGUACGAGCAGCCCCACUACAGAGGCAGGAUGAUGUACAUGAGGCCCGGAGAGUACAGGAGCUUCAGGGACAUGGGCAUGAGUGGCAUGAGGUGGAUGAGCAUGAGGCGUAUCACUGAUUCCUACUACUAAAUUAUUUACAAAUUUU